AUGGCAUUGACAGAAAUGAAGAGGAAAAGGCAUCCUAAGGCAGCUGUUGCUGCUGGCCUCUUUGAAGUAUGUGAGUUUUUUUGGUUUUGUUUUCUGCAGAACAAUGCCAUCAAGACAUCAAAAUACAAUUUCUUCACAUUUCUGCCCUUGAAUCUAUUCGAACAAUUUCAGAGAGUAGCAAAUGCAUAUUUCCUCUUCUUGCUGGUCCUACAGCUCAUACCACAGGUAUCAUCUUUGUCGUGGUAUACAACAGUGGUUCCUCUGGUAUUAGUGCUCUCAAUGACAGGAGUGAAGGAUGCCAUUGAUGACAUGUAUCGGCAUGACAGUGACAAACAACUCAACAAUCAACCUGUUCUGGUGUUAGUAAAUGGCAUGAUAAAGGAAGAAAAGUGGAUGAACAUCAAAGUGGGAGAUAUAAUAAAACUACAAAAUAACAACUCUGUCACAGCUGAUAUGCUGUUACUCUCCAGCAGUGAACCCUGUAGUCUGACCUACAUAGAAACUGCAGAGUUAGAUGGGGAAACCAACUUGAAAGUAAGGCAAGCCCUGACUGUUACCAGCAACCUAGGAGACAACCUGGAGAAACUGAACACUUUUAAAGGUGAAGUCAGAUGUGAGCCUCCCAAUAACAAACUAGAUGAAUUCAAAGGGAUAUUGAUCUACGAAAAUGAAAAGUAUUCCUUGGACAAUGAGAAGAUGUUGCUAAGAGGCUGCACCAUCCGGAACACAGACUGGUGCUAUGGCCUCGUGAUUUAUGCUGGUCAUGACACCAAAUUAAUGCAAAACAGUGGAAAGACCAUCUUUAAACGGACAAACAUAGAUCAUCUCAUGAAUGUCCUUGUGUUCUGGAUUUUCCCGUUCUUAGCUGGCAUGUGUUGUAUCCUGGCAAUUGGGCAUGGAAUUUGGGAUAACCAGAAGGGUUAUUACUUCCAGAUCUAUCUGCCUCAAAAAGAGGAAUUCACUGCCCCAAGUGUUUCUACCUUCCUCAUAUUCUGGUCAUAUCUCAUCAUUCUCAACACUGUGGUGCCAAUUUCCCUCUAUGUCAGUGUAGAGAUAAUACGAUUGGGCAACAGCUUCUACAUCAACUGGGACCGAAAAAUGUUUUACAUCCCAUAUAACACACCAGCCCAGGCCCAUACCACAACUCUGAAUGAGGAACUAGGCCAGAUCCAAUAUGUGUUCUCUGACAAGACGGGGACACUGACUCAGAAUAUCAUGGUUUUCAUCAAGUGUUCCAUUAAUGGGCGGUCAUACGGUAUACACAACUUACUUUCUAUCAGAAAACAUUUGUUACCAAGAGAACUUAUAUAUCAGGCACAAUCUCCUGAUGAAGAAGCUCUUGUCACUGCUGCCAGAAAUUUUGGCUUUGUGUUUCACUCUCGAACAUCUGAAACAAUCACUGUAAUAGAAAUGGGGGUCACAAAAGUCUAUAAACUCCUAGCUAUUCUGGACUUCAACAAUGUACGAAAACGGAUGUCUGUGAUUGUGCAGACACCCACAGGUAAGGUGAUUUUGUUCUGCAAGGGAGCUGACACCAUCAUCUGGGAAUUGCUCCACUCAACCUGCAGAUUCCUUCAGGAUGUGACCAUGGAACACUUGGAUGAAUUUGCCGGUGAUGGUUUGCGUACCCUUGCUGUGGCCUUCCGAGAACUGGAUGAAGAAACAUUCCAAAGCUGGAGUCGAAAACACUACGAAGCCAGCAUUUCCCUGGAAGAUCGGGAGGAAAAGUUAGGACUAGUCUAUGAAGAAAUUGAAAAAGACAUGAUGCUUUUAGGGGCCACAGCCAUUGAAGAUAAGUUACAAGAUGGAGUACCUGAGACAAUAGCCAUUCUGAUCAAAGCAAAUAUUAACUUGUGGAUUUUGACUGGAGACAAGCAAGAGACUGCAGUGAAUAUUGCCUAUGCUUGCAAUAUGCUAAGUGAUGAUAUGGAUGACGUGUUCAUUAUAAAUGCCAAGGACAGUAGCAUGGUCCUGCAGGAACUCAGGUCAGCGAGAAAUAAGAUGAAACCUGGCUCUUUACUGGAGACAGACCCAGUAACUGCCUUUUUAGCCCGCACAAAAAGGAAGAACUUCAUCAUGCCUGAAGAAGUGGCCACUGGUAGCUUCGGCCUAGUCAUCAAUGGCCACAGUCUGGCUCAUGCCCUAGAGAAGAACAUGGAGGUGGAACUGCUCAGAACAGCUUGUAUGUGCAAAUCGGUGAUCUGUUGUCGUGUGACGCCUCUGCAGAAGGCCCAAAUGGUAGAACUAGUGAAGAAAUACAAGCAGGUGGUGACACUAGCCAUUGGUGAUGGAGCCAACGACGUCAGUAUGAUCAAAGCUGCCCACAUUGGGGUAGGCAUCAGUGGCCAGGAGGGGAUGCAAGCCGUUCUUGCCAGUGACUUCUCCUUUGCCCAGUUCCGCUUUCUGCAGCGCCUGCUCUUGGUCCAUGGUCGGUGGUCCUAUUUACGAAUGUGCAAAUUCCUCCGCUAUUUCUUCUACAAGAACUUUGCCUUCACACUGGUGCAUUUCUGGUAUGGCUUCUUCUCCGGCUUCUCUGCACAGACGAUCUAUGAUGAGUGGUUUAUAGCUUUCUACAACUUGGUCUACACAUCUCUCCCUGUCCUGGCCCUGACCCUUUUUGACCAGGAUGUGAAUGAUUUGUGGAGCCUUCGAUUCCCUGAGCUAUAUGAACCAGGCCAAUACAACCUCUACUUCAACAAGAAGGAAUUUGUGAAGUGUAUAAUUUAUGGCAUCUACAGCUCCUUGGUGUUGUUCUUCGUCCCCUAUGGGUCUACUUAUAACUCAGUGCAAAGCAGUGGGAAGGACAUCUCUGACUACCAGUCUUUUGCCCUAAUAGUGCAGACCUCUUUGCUCGUGGUGGCGACUGUGCAGGUGGGCCUGGAGACAGCCUACUGGACAACUGUGAACCAAUUCUUCAUUUGGGGCAGCCUGAUCUUAUACUUCAGCCUCAUGUUCCUCCUUUAUAGUGAUGGCCUGUGUCUGCUCUUCCCUAACACCUUCCGAUUCUUGGGUACAGCUCGGAACAGUCUGAUCCAGCCUCAGGUGUGGCUGACGAUCCUUCUCACCGUGGUCCUUUGCUUGCUGCCCGUGGCUGUGUACAGAUUCCUCCGGAUAGAGCUUGUGCCCACCAAAGUUGACAAGGUUCUCAGUAAGAUCCGUGAAUGCAUGAAGUACCCUCUACCACCGCCACCCCGGAUGAGAUUGAGACGCACAAGUUCACGACGCUCCGCCUAUGCCUUUGCCCACCAGCAUGGUUUUGGGGCACUCAUCACUUCGGGAAAGAACAUGAAAUCAAGGGCAAAGUUUGGCUUUGGUGAUAACUUUUCUUCCCUUAAAUGAAAGCUCCUUGGGGUCACUAGGACACCCCCCAACUCUUAUCCAUGCACCUGAUUUGGGAGGGAAGGCUCAGUCUCUAGGAAACCUGCCAACAGAAGAAUGCCCUUUCUCCUCAGCCCCUUCACUUCUCAGCAAUUAGGGAAGGGGGCUCCGACUAUCCAACCCAAAUGUCUGAGGUAGAGACCCAGGCACGAAUGGCCGGAUGCCUUUGCCCCCCACCCUCUUUCCACUCCCCCCAAAAAACUACUCGAAAGAGAAGCACUGAGUUAUUGAAGAAGGUCAACUGGUAGGUCAAAUAUGGGCAUAUUGAUGCCAUCCCUAGCCAAGCCCAGAAUCUUAGGAAGAAAGAUGAAAAGUCUUAGUAUGAGACCUCUGAGAAGAAAAGGUGUUAUCCCUGUAAUUGGUUUGUCUACUUUAACAUGAGGAGGGAAAUUAAAUACCUCAUUCAGUAUCCCCUACAGUCUCACAGUAACAUAACUACCUUCCUCUUCUCUGGGUGAUCCCUGCCCUACUUCUCUCCAAGUCCCACAUCACUAUAAACCUCCCUCUUUCCCCAAAAUUCUGGACUUAACCCUACUAUGCCUCUCUCUGGAAACAAUUUGAAGAGUACUGUGGCACUAAGAGGCAAAGCCUGGCUCUUCUGGAGGCAUACCUGAGCUAAUGCGGCCCCUUAGGAUUUGUCUCUUGUGAAUUGGGGAGGGGCAGUAUUUCUUUUGGGGUGCAUAGCAGAAGAGGGAGAUAGCUGUUUGAUCCCUUCCAUCCUAAAGAUCCCUGGGAAUUGGAAGUGAAGCUGAUUUGGUAAGGUGACUGUUGAAGUUUGGGCCAUAGAGCUGGCUAGAAUGGAGAGAGCCCUACCAUGAAGCCAUUUUCAACUCUUAUUUCUUGGGAGAGACGAGAAGUCAAUGUGUGUUGUGCACUGUUGUCUUCAGUAAAAUUAUUUUCA